AAUAAAUAGCAAGAAAUGUGGCAGCAGUUCAUGACAACAUACAAGAGAUACUGCAGAGAGGUAUCUUCAGUAAUCUUCAAAUGUGAAAGAAGCUGGUAUUUCGAAUUAUACUGUACUUGGCUUUUAAUUGUUUUCUCCAUUUCUUUUCAUAGCCGUGCACCAAUGCGAUCAGCUCCACCCAUGGCUGCACGUGCUCCUGUCCCUGCUCCAGCCCCAGCUUCAGCCGUGGGUUCUCCUGCCCCCAAGCAGCCUGGCCUGAUGGCCCAGAUGGCCACCACAGCUGCAGGUGUCGCUGUAGGUUCUGCUGUGGGCCAUACUUUAGGACAUGCCAUGACUGGCGGCUUUGGGGGUGGAAGCUCUGAAGCUGCAAGACCUGACAUCACUUACCAGGAGCCUCAGCCAGCCCAGCCUGCUAUGCAGCAGUCCCAAUACACGCCUUGCCAGUAUGAGAUGAAGCAGUUCUUGGAGUGUGCUCAGAACCAGGCUGAUCUGAAGCUAUGUGAAGGGUUCAGCGAAGUCCUGAAGCAAUGUCGAUUUGCAAACGGUUUAGCUUAAUUAAACUCUGGAGGAUCAAAUCUAGCUCCAUCACUGAGAUAGAUCGCCAGUAAAAUGUUCUUUUAACGUCUAAAGCUCUCCGGCGUUUCUUUGUAAUCAGUUUUCCAUCUGACAAGAAAGCAUGAAGCUUGCAGCAAAAAGAAUUGUGGCAAUAACUUCUUGUGAUUGGAAAAAUAGAAUGAUCAUUCAGUUGUAGGAUUACUUCACGUGUUAUUCCAGAUUGUGAUUGUGUAUGAUCCUCAGAAUAAAACAUUAUUAUUCUGGAAAAGAG